UGAUUGACGAGCCACACCCGCCUAUAAAGUCUUCGUCUUCCUCUCGCACGCUCACUGGCCUUGCUUCCUACACCAAUUGCCAACCUCUCUCUCCCUCUCUCCGGAUCCCUCGAGAUUUUCAGGAGGUUCUUUAUCCAGCACACGUGCGUGCGCGGCGAAGAUGGUGGCUCCGAUCGCGGUGGCGUCGGCGGGGCUGGGGAUGCUGGCGGGCGUGGCCAUGGCCAACAGGUCCUUGUUGCAGGACGGGAGGCACGCCGCGGCGGUGCGGUGGCCGCAGCCGCGCUGCGCGACGUGCAGCGGCACGGGCAGGGUGGAGUGCCUCUGCUCGCGGUGGUCCGACGGCGACGGCGAUGGGUGCCGCACCUGCGCGGGCACGCGGAGGAUGCCCUGCCGGAGCUGCGGCGGGUCCGGGACCGGCCGCCGGGCGACCGUGCGGAUCGACGCCGCCUCCGCCACGCCGCUCCAGCCACGGUCGAGCAGGCGGUGAUUCAGCUCGCCCCGCGAUCCGCGGCCGGCGGGCUCGAUUUUCUUGCUGUCGAUAGGAAGAUUUGUAAUAUACUUCUGUAGAACAGAUCAGGGAAUUGAUAGAAAUAUAAAGUCAAUUAGCACUAGCAAUUUGUGCCCGUCUCUUGCUGCUGCUGAUUAAAUCGAGCCUUUGGGCCUUGUGACGAACUGGCGAUCAAUCGACCCUGCCAUCAAUCUGAACCUGAAUAUCUUCUAGCUCUGGUGUUGGGGAUGACGGAUUCGUGAGGGAGCUGAAAUAGUCGACGGAUGGCAAGAAUUUCUGUGCUGGAAGGGUGUUCACAAACAAGAAAUGCAUCGAUCAAGCCAACCUAGUUGAACCGUCUAUUCUGGUUUCUGAAUCAUGAUCGGUUCUGCAGAGCGCUGCUAGCUAGCACUAACAUGUGCAGAGGGUCAGUAUUAUAAAGAUGCACAUGCACAAAUCUUACUUCUCUUCUCCAA